CCCCUCCCUCCCCCCAUACAGGCCGUCAUGGCGGCGUGGCGGGCGGCGCUGGCGGCCAUGUUGCUGCUGGCUGAGCCGUGCGCCCCGGAGCCGACAUGGGAAGUCAAUGGGACGUGCCAGGGCUCCAACCGCUGCCAGCCCGGCGUCCUGCUGCCCGUCUGGCAGCCCGACGACCCUUCAUUCGGUGACAAGGCGGCGCGCGCCGUCGUCUACUUCGUGGCCAUGAUGUACAUGUUCCUGGGCGUCUCCAUCAUCGCCGACCGCUUCAUGGCCUCCAUCGAGGUCAUCACCUCCAAGGAGAAGGAGAUCACCAUCACCAAAGCCAACGGUGAGACCAGCAUCGGCACGGUGCGCAUCUGGAACGAGACUGUUUCCAACCUGACCCUGAUGGCUUUGGGCUCAUCCGCUCCUGAGAUCCUUCUGUCCGUCAUCGAAGUGUGCGGCCACAACUUCCAGGCAGGGGACUUGGGGCCAAGCACAAUUGUGGGCAGCGCCGCCUUCAACAUGUUUGUGGUCAUCGCCGUCUGCGUCUAUGUGAUACCCAGUGGGGAGAGCCGGCGCAUCAAACACCUCCGUGUCUUCUUCGUGACGGCGGCGUGGAGCAUCUUCGCCUACAUCUGGCUCUACCUCAUCCUGGCCGUCAUCUCCCCCGGUGUGGUGCAGGUGUGGGAAGCUCUGCUCACCCUCAUCUUCUUCCCGGUCUGCGUGGUCUUCGCGUGGGCGGCCGACAAGAGGCUGCUGUUCUAUAAGUACGUCUACAAGCGCUACCGCGCCGACCCGCGGAGCGGCAUCAUCAUCGGCACCGAGGCCGAGUUACCCAAAGGCAUCGAGAUGGACGGUGGCUUCCAGCCCCCCGAGCGCCGCGAGGCCGAAGGCUCCUCCGGCCCCACGCCUUCCCCUGCCCUCCAAGCUGGAUCCGAGGAGAAGGAGCUGGACGAGAGCCGGCGGGAGGUGAUCCAGAUCCUGAAGGACCUGAAGCAGAAAUACCCCGAGCGCGAGCUGGAGCAGCUGGUGGACAUGGCCAACUACUACGCCCUGCUGCACCAGCAGAAGAGCCGGGCCUUCUACCGCAUCCAGGCCACCAGGAUGAUGACGGGAGCCGGGAACGUGCUGAAGAAGCACGUGGCCGAGUUCUCCAAGCGCUCGUCGGCGCUGCUGGAGGUGCCGUCGGACGCCGAGGAGGAGACGUGCAGCCGCAUCUUCUUCGAGCCGUGUCUCUAUCAUUGCCUGGAGAACUGCGGCGCCGUCACGCUGUCGGUGGCGUGUCAGCACGGAGCCGAGCUCAAUCACACCUUCUACGUGGACUACAAGACGGAGGACGGCUCGGCCAAGGCGGGCUCGGAUUAUGAGUACAGCGAGGGGACGCUGAUCUUCAAACCCGGGGAGACGCAGAAGGAGCUGAAGAUCGGCAUCAUCGACGACGACAUCUUCGAGGAGGACGAGCACUUCUUCGUGCGGCUGCUCAACCUGCGCGUGGGCGACGCCGAGGGGAUGUUCGAGGCCGACUCGGCCGAGCACCCCAAGGGUCGCCUGGUGGCGCCGCUGGUGGCCACCGUCACCAUCUUGGAUGACGACCACGCCGGGAUCUUCUCCUUCCAGGAGCGCGUGGUGCACGUCAGCGAGUGCCAGGGCGCCGUGGAGGUGACGGUGGUGAGAAGCUCCGGAGCGCGAGGGACCGUGAUGCUGCCGUACAGAACCGUGGAGGGGACGGCACGAGGAGGAGGGGUGGACUAUGAGGAUGCGUGCGGGGAGCUGGAGUUCCGCAAUGAUGAGACCGCGAAGACGCUGCAGGUGAAGAUUGUGGACGAUGAGGAGUACGAGAAGAGGGACAACUUCUUCAUCGAGCUGGGGCCGCCGCGCUGGCUGAAACGGGGCAUCUCGGCCCUUCUGCUGAACCAAGCCGAGGACCGCGUGCUGUCGGCGGAGGAGGAGGAGGCGCGUCGAAUCGCAGAGAUGGGGCGCCCCAUCCUGGGGGAGAACUGCCGCCUGGAGGUCGUCAUCGAGGAGAGCUACGACUUCAAGAACACGGUGGACAAACUGAUCAAGAAGACCAACCUGGCCACCGUCAUCGGGACACACUCAUGGAGGGAGCAGUUCCUGGAGGCCAUCACCGUCAGCGCCGGUGAGGAGGAGGAGGAUGAGGACGGCCGCGAGGAGCGCCUGCCGUCGUGCUUCGACUACGUGAUGCAUUUCCUGACCGUCUUCUGGAAGGUUCUGUUUGCCUGCGUGCCCCCCACCGAGUACUGCAAUGGCUGGGCCUGCUUCGUUGUCUCCAUCCUCAUCAUUGGCAUCCUCACAGCAUUCAUUGGUGACCUGGCAUCCCACUUUGGCUGCACCAUCGGCUUGAAGGACUCCGUCACUGCCGUCGUCUUUGUGGCGCUCGGCACCUCCAUCCCCGGUGUGUGGGGCCAGGGGGGUCGUGGGGUGAUGGGGGUUAUGGGG